AGUGGGCGGGGCCUCGGGCGCGCCCCGCGGGCCACUGGGAACCUCGGCGUCCCUGUUGCUCCCGGCUAGCGGGCGCAGCGCGGGACCUGUCCGGGGUGUGCGGGCUGGACCGCAGAUGUCAUGUGGCCUGUGCUUUGGACCGUGGUGCGAACCUAUGCCCCCUAUGUCACCUUCCCUGUGGCCUUUGUGGUCGGGGCUGUGGGCUACCACCUGGAAUGGUUCAUCAGGGGAAAGACUCCUCAGCCUGUGGAGGAGGAGAAGAGCAUCCUGGAGCGCCGAGAGGACCGAAAGCUGGAUGAGAUGCUAGGCAAGGACCACACUCAGGUGGUGAGCCUUAAGGACAAGCUAGAAUUUGCCCCUAAAGCAGUCCUGAACAGAAACCGUCCAGAGAAGAACUAAUGGAGGGCCCAGGUCCCUGUGGUGCACAGGGAUAUGCCAUGUCCUGCCGCCAUGUCGACCCAGCUUCAGAACACACAUCUGAUUUGCUUUGCUGCUCACUCCGGCCCCCUGAGCACCCACAGCCACUCGUGUACUGGCUGGUCCUGUAUGGCUGCAGAGCGGCAGCAGUAGGGGCCAGCAAUGAGGAAGACUGCGUCUGCUCAGUGGGCUCUCUCCGUGCCUGGACAGGCUUCUGAUCUUACCUGGGAGCCCUGCAGGGAGGAGCCCUGGGGAAUGAACCUUGGUCUCAGGCUCCCGGGGAGGGGCUUGGCCUCAACUGGGAAUGGUUGGGGUUUAUCGUUGCCAUUAGGAGGGGCACCUCCAUGUCUAGUUCUCGUUUUUGCACUGAAAAGAAUUCAGGAAUGUCCCUGGCUCCCUUGAUGAGGCUUUCUUAUUUUCCUGUGUGCAUUCUUCCCUUUACUGGCUCAGGCGUGGGAUUCUCAGGGGAAGGAAAGCAUGCUUCUCUUGUGGGGAGCUCAGGCUGUUUACCUCGGGGCCAGCGGGGCAUAAGCCUGGAAAUAAUCACUGUCUUCCACCCUUCCUCACUGGAGUGGGGACUCAAUUAAAGUGGCACCUGGCACAUA